AUGCAACUUCAAAGAGAACAAUUGGCUGUAAUGGCAUUUCUAGCAGGCAUUGGUCCUGAAUAUGAAACUGUUAGGUCUCAGAUUCUUGGAGGAGAGGCUAUCGCAUCACUCACCGAUACAAUUGCUCGGGUACUUCGAGUAUCUCGUGAGUCUCCUCAGAAUAUUACAUCUAUGGUAGAUAAUUCAGCUCUUGUGUUCCAAUCUCGAUGGGGUAGUGAUAGUAGGAGUGAUGGAGGAAAUCGUGAAGGAUAUAGUAGUGGACGUGGUGGUCGAGCGGGAGGCCGAGGUGAAGGAACAGGGAGAGGCCAAGGCCAACAGCAUGUGUCUACCAACAACUCAGGGGCCAUACGGAUUUGUCAUUACCGUGGCAAAUCUGGCCACAUUCAGAAAUUUUGUUACAAGCUACAUGGAAGAUCAGGGCAGCAACAACAGUUUCCACAUACUGCUUCCGGUACUGAUUCUCCUCCACAGUCUUCUGAAGGCAAGGUAGUUGUUAUGUCUGAUGAGGAGUUUGCACGGUACACCCAGUCUCAGAUUUCACAGCCUGCUUCUUCCACUGCUACUUUGGUACAGACAGGUAAUGCUACUGCAUGCCCUUCAGCUCCUUCUCGUCCUUGGAUCAUUGAUUUAGGGGCUUCUGACCACAUGUCAGGUCUUUCAGGAUCUGGCUACGAAGAGGACGAUUGGUAGAGGACGUGAGGCAGGGGGGUUGUAUGUACUUGAAGACGCUCCUUGCAUUGCAUGUCCUAGUGUUGCAUCCUUACAUCAGAUCCAUUGUCGCCUUGGUCAUCCUUCUCUACAUAGCCUUCAGAAGUUAGAUUCUAGUUUUAGAUCCCUUUCUAGUUUAGAGUGUGAGUCAUGCCCACUUGGCAAAUUACAUCGUAUUAGUUACCCGCCACGAGUC